GCUCAAGCGCCCUUCCGGAGAUGGUCGGAGGUGGGAAGAGCUGGAGAGACCCGGGAGCGGAGGGACGGGGCCUGAUCCCGGCCGCUCAGGACAAGUCUUCCCCGCUUCGCCUGUGCACUGGGAUUUCUUUCUGUCCCGACCUCCCUCAUCGGGUGCUUUGUUUCGGCAGUUGUCUUCACACGUCAGAGUCAUCUCUUCGGGCAGAUUGGUGAAGGCCAUGCCACCCCCUGGGAAAGUUCCCCGAAAGGAGAAUCUGGGGCUACAGUGUGAGUGGGGGUCCUGCUCCUUUGUGUGCUCAGCCAUGGAGGAGUUCUGCGAGCAUGUCACUCAGCACCUCCGGCAGCACCUGCACGGCUCCGGGGAGGAGGAGGAUGAGGAGGAGGACCCACUUGAAGAAGAAUUCUCCUGCUUGUGGCAGGAGUGUGGCUUUUGCUCUAUGGACAGUUCUGCUGACCUCAUCCGCCACGUCUACUUCCACUGCUACCACACCAAGCUGAAGCAGUGGGGGCUGCAGGCUCUGCAGAGCCAGGCCGACCUCAGCCCCUGCAUCCUGGACUUCCAGAGCCGCAACAUCAUCCCUGACAUCCCUGACCACUUCCUGUGUCUGUGGGAGCACUGUGAGAGUUCCUUCGACAACCCCGAGUGGUUCUAUCGGCACGUGGAAGCACACAGCCUGUGCUGUGAAUACCAAGCGGUCGGCAAAGACAACCAGGUGGUGCUGUGUGGCUGGAAAGGCUGUACCUGCACCUUCAAGGACUGCCGUAAGCUUCGAGAGCACCUCCGCAGCCACACCCAGGAGAAGGUGGUGGCCUGCCCCACCUGCGGGGGCAUGUUUGCCAACAACACCAAGUUCUUAGAUCACAUCCGUCGCCAGACCGCGUUGGAUCAGCAACGCUUCCAGUGCUCUCACUGUUCCAAGAGAUUUGCCACGGAGCGGCUGUUGCGGGACCAUAUGCGUAACCAUGUGAAUCACUAUAAGUGUCCUCUGUGUGAUAUGACCUGCCCGCUGCCAUCGUCCCUCCGAAACCACAUGCGCUUUCGCCACAGCGAGGACCGGCCUUUUAAGUGUGACUGUUGUGAAUACAGCUGCAAGAAUCUGAUUGACCUGCGGAAGCACCUGGACACCCAUAGCAAGGAGCCAGCCUACAGGUGUGACUUCGAGAGCUGCGGCUUCAGCGCGCGAUCCCUCUGCUCUAUCAAGUCCCAUUACCGAAAAGUGCAUGAGGGAGACUCAGAGCCAAGAUACAAAUGUCACGUAUGUGACAAAUGCUUCACGAGGGGCAACAACCUCACCGUGCACCUUCGAGAGAAGCACCAGUUCAAGUGGCCCUCAGGGCACCCCCGUUUUCGUGUCUACAUCAAAUUUUCCAUUUCGAGUAAUGCUCCCUCCCUCUUGUCAUUUCUUCUGCGUAUUCCAAUAAAGACCCCUCUUGGUCUCCAACUCCUGUCACUUAACAUCCCAGGGCUUCUCCCAUCCCUCGUGUUUGUCCCGUAGCUUGCCGGUCUCUGGACAUUUCUGCGUCCCCCUGCGCAUGUUUGCUGCCCCCCAUGCUCCCGCUUCCCCAGGUACAAGGAGCAUGAAGAUGGCUACAUGCGGCUGCAGCUGGUUCGCUAUGAGAGUGUGGAGCUGACACAGCAGCUGCUGCGGCAGCCGCAGGACGGAUUGGACCCGGGAGCAUCGCUGAGUGAGAGCAGCCUGCAGGGCAUCAUUCUUGAAGCAGUGCCAGGGGAGCCGGGACCCCAGGAAGCGGCCGAAGAGGAAGAGGAGGGUGGGAGCAGUGACGGCAUGGCCCUCUCAGCCUCUCAGGACACUCCCAGCCCCGUCAUCCAUGUGGUGAACCAGACCAACGCCCAAGGCGAGCAAGAGGUUGUCUACUAUGUGCUGUCCGAGGCCCCGGGAGAGCCCCCCCCAGCCCCCGAGCCCCCCUCAGGGAACGUCAUGGAAAAGCUUCAGGGAAUAGCUGAGGAGCCACAAGUCCAGAUGGUGUGAGGGCUGCAGAGCCUGACCAUUCCUACCCCAGACCCUGGCGUGUGAGCCAGGCUGGUGGCAGUGCCCCUAGUGGGCAGCCCCUGCCAACGGAUGCCUUUAAGGGUGGUGCCAAGAGCUGUGUGGUGCACUCUGGACCUGGCUUGCGUCGUUCAGCGGAUCCAAAGGACUUCCUUUUCUGCCAGACGGCGCUUUGUGGGGACCUGAGAAGUUUGGGUUCCUUGAGGGGGAUGCGCUGGUUGUGUGUGUCCUUGUAGAGGGGCUGGUAUCAGGCUUACCCAUAACCCCCUAGUCACUCUGAAACAGUGAGUAAAAGCCCCCGUCAACUCGCACCCAUUCCCGUCCUUAGGUCCAGGGGUGACACAAAACCGGUUCCUGCGAGGGCCUUUUCCUUACAACCAGCCAAGGCAGCAUGAACCAGGCAGCCAUCUCCCUCUAAAGGGCUCCUGCGAUCGCAAGGACUUUCAUGGUUACCCUCAGGGAUGGGAUUGGAGGCACUGAGUGUGUGUGUAACGGUUGUUUCGGUAAUAAAAGAAACACGGGCUCUUA